AUGGCCCCGCUCGCAGCAGUAAUGAUGGGCAAGAGCGGUGUUGGAAAGACAACCUUCUACAACCUUCUAUGCGAGACGGACCAUGCUGCAGAGUACAGUAGCAAAAGCUUGACAAGGCAGUUGUUUCGGAGUGAUGUCACACAUGGCCAACAGGUGUUCUCUGUCAUCGACACACCUGGUGUUGACUCAGCGGACGAAGUGCUGAAGCACUCAGUUCUGCUGCAUGCCGCUCUCACGAACGGCCCAGUCAAUGCAAUCUUUGUCAUGGUGGAGUACAACAGCCGCUGCGACAGCGCUCUUGACGAGUUUGACAGAGCCAUACGCAUUCUCAAGCCGGACUACCACAACAUGGUAGUGGUAGUGAUAGCCAAGUUCGACAAUGCUCCACCCCGUCAUGUAACACAGAUUCAGGAGGACUACAAGGAGGCAUUUCGAUCAGAAGGGUUCCCUAGACUUAUGUUCUAUUCCAGCAACCAGAGCGCGCGGGAAGUAGCUGUCGCAAUGAUCGAGUUCAUGAAGGCCCAGCAUCCAAAAACACUUCAGUACACAGAUCAGGAGUUCUUGAAGUUCUUCCGUGUUGCGGAUGAGACUCGCGCCCAAAAGAAAGCGGUCCAAAAGCACAUCGAGGAGAUUGAUUCCAUCAUCAGCUCCUAUGUGGAUCUCGUGCCGACUGUGUGCCAAGAGCCUGACAGGGAUGAGAUCAUACUGAGUGCCAUUGCUGCGUGCCGCUACGAUGUCGACAAGGUUUACGAGCAGUUUAACCAGGAGCAUGGUUCCAACAUGAUUGACAUGGACUGCUAUACACAAUCGAUUCAACUGCAGAAGGCCAUUGAUAUGAAGCAGCGUUCCUUCACAACGAAGGCAAAGGAGUACAUGUCUUACAAUCCUGAUGAUGCCAAGGAUUGGAGGAACUUUGUUCGCAAGUGCGUGCAUUGUGAUGAAGUUUGGGUGAAGGUCUCCGGUUGCAACGGAGUCACACAAUGCGGGAAUCGAGAGAAAUCUCAGGAUGUGUCUGACAAGCCGUGGUACAAGUACUCAUUCGAGAUGUUGGCGGAUGGCCGCCGCAUGCUUCUCAGGAACAACGCUUGUGAUCGGCGCUCGAGCACAAAGAGUGCGUCCAGCUCAGGCAAGCACAGGGGCUGCGGCAAAGACAUCAACUGGUCAGAGCUACCUCGCCUCACUGACGCAGAGAUGCAGACAUUGUAUGAGGUGAAAGGCCUUCAGGAAGUCCUCACGGGCAUGCAGCAGCAUGCAGGCCACAAAGACAUGAAGGCUUAUAGGGACAAGGUCGACACCAGCUUCACCAAGUGA